AUGGCCCUGUUCACCCCCAUACCAGAAAUCUACUGUAAAUCAAUGGUGCCCGUGGAUUCUACUCCGCUUGCCGAGGCGACGAACUCAAUGGUGAAAACAAGUCUUCUGUCUAUUACCCAGACUGAACCAUUGGGUGCUAUCCUCAUCCCUGAGAUAAGAGACCUUAUUGAAGCAACCCGUGCCCAAACCCAAGUCACCCUUGCCCUUCAGGCCGAAUGUUGUGCCACCAACCAAGCCGUCGUUGCACUCCGGGAGGAAAGUCGUGCCACCAACCAAGCCGUUGUUGCACUCCGGGAGGAAAGUCGUGCCAACAAUCAAGGGAUUAUGACCCAGCUUGUCACUAUUGACACCCGACUUGGCAACAUUGAAAACCGCUUGACUCGAAUUGAAGAAAUCACCAACACCCAGCUCAAUCUCGGCCGAGAGAUGGCAGAUCACUUUGGCAUCCCUGCUCCGCAAGUCCCCGCUGGCCACGCACCAGGCCGACCAGGAUUACAAGACCGUAUAUAG